GAAGAUGAACUUCUUUUUCACUUUUCAUGGUCUACCAACUGCUAAUUAAAGACCAUAUAGAUGCACUUUUCCCUUUGCUCUUCCCAUUCACUAUACUAAACCAACAAAAUAAUUAGAAAUACACAUUACUAGUGUUUUUAGUGUAGUAUCUACCAAAAACUAGGAUAUCAAACUUCAAAGAUGAAGCAUUUUCCUUUCUUUUUUCUUUUGGCCAUUUUGGUCUGUUGUUUCAAUAUCAAUGUAGAAGCUGGUGGUGGUGGUAAUGGUUUUGUGAGAACAAGAGGGAUCCACUUCAUGUUAAAUGGAAAUCCUUACUAUGCAAAUGGAUUUAAUGCUUACUGGUUAAUGUAUACAGCUGCUGAUCCAUCUCAGAGAUACAAAGUUUCAAAUGCUUUCCAUGAAGCAAGAAAUCAUGGCCUUACUGUUGCUAGAACUUGGGCAUUCAGUGAUGGCGGUUAUAGUCCUUUGCAAUAUUCUCCUGGCUUCUAUAAUGAACAAAUGUUCAAGGGGUUGGAUUUUGUUAUAUCUGAGGCUAGAAAGCAUGGGAUUAAGCUGAUACUGAGUUUGGUGAACAAUUAUGAGAGUUUUGGAGGAAAGAAGCAGUAUGUGAACUGGGCUAGAAGUAAUAAUGGGCAGUAUUUGACAUCUGAUGAUGAUUUCUUUAGGAACCCUGUUGUUAAAGGUUUCUACAUCAACCAUGUUAAGACUGUUCUUAACCGAUACAACAGUUUUACCGGAAUUCAUUACAAAGAUGACUCCACAAUCAUGGCAUGGGAGCUUAUGAAUGAACCUAGGUGUACAUCAGAUCCUUCUGGAAGAACUAUUCAGGGUUGGAUCACAGAAAUGGCUUCUUUGGUUAAGUCCAUUGACAGGAAUCACUUAUUGGAAGCUGGUCUAGAAGGGUUUUAUGGACAAUCAACACCUCAAAGGACCAAAUUGAAUCCUGCUAUUAACAUAGGAACAGACUUCAUUGCCAACAAUCGAAUCCCAAACAUCGAUUUCGCAACCGUUCACUGUUAUCCUGAUCAAUGGGUACAAAGUUCAAACGAGCAAGAUCAGAUUGCAUUUUUGAACAACUGGCUCAGUGCUCAUUUCCUAGAUGCACAAUAUGCUCUAAAGAAACCAAUACUAGUAGCAGAAUUCGGAAAGUCGUUUAAGGAUUCAGGUUACAGCACAAACCAAAGAGACCAACUUUUCAAUACCGUGCUCUACAAGAUAUAUUCGUCUGCGAAAAGAGGCGGUCCUGCGAGUGGAGCAUUAUUCUGGCAACUUCUUACUGGAGGAAUGGAAUCUUUCGACGACGGUUAUGGAAUAAUGCUUGGUCAGAGCUCUUCUACUGCUAAUGUCAUUGCUCAGCAAUCUCAUAAGCUGUAUCUUAUUCGGAAGAUCUAUGCGAGGAUCGCUAAUGAACGGCGAUGGAAAAGAGCUAGAGGAAGUAGAGGAGGACAAAUUGGGUUCUGAAAUUGGAAUUUGAAGUAGUAGUUGCUUAUUGUGUGUGCUAAGUAUAAAGGUUUCUCUCUUAGAGAUGAAUCAGAAUGUUAUUUUCGUCCAAGAGAGUAACUAAAUUAUGUAGACAUGUUUGUAUUAGCUUCUCAUUUGUUCAUUAGAGGAAGCUAAGGCUGUUCCUCAAGUUAUAUUUUGUAAACUUUUUCAAGUACUUAUGAGUUGUGACAAUAGCUUCUUGUUUUUUA